AUGGUUGUUCUCGCCGCUGACGCCGCUGCACAAAGGAUUCUCAGUAAGGACGUUAAUCAUAUGCCUGCCGCUUCGAAGAACAACGAUGCCGACCCUGAUGCUUCAUCCACCAAUAGAAACACCACCUCUGCUACGCCUAAUCCUGUCAAACAACAUCAUUUGCAGCCAUCUCCAUCCCCAUCGCGUUUAAUUGAAUUGCAGCCAUUUCUGUCUCAAUUUCUGUCUUCUUCGCAUGCAAUCGAACCGACAGAAACAUUAUCCGCUCCAAUCAUGUCUUGUACUUGUGCAUCUUGCAUCUAUCUCACUUCCCCGAACCUGUACUGCAAGCGCCUGGCUAUUGAUUCCAACGCCACGCUUGUGCCCUAUGACGACGACCUGCUUACCUACGUCUUCUCGGACGAUUCCUCGGACACUGACGACUGUGAGUCGUUUGAUGACCCGCUUGACAUCCUAAUUGCACAAACGAACGCUCUCACUCUCGAUGACCCGCCUCGUACUUCCAAGUUUCGACCGCUCAUUGUAGUCACCAAGCGCAACACGACACCUACUAUUAUUUAUCCUCCGCUCCCUGAACUCGCAUACCAUAUGGACGAAUUGACCCGAAACAUGCAGUCGCUCUCUCUCUAA